UUGGCAGAUUUCUAGAGUUCACCUAUCGCAGCAUCCCAUUUUGAGAUCUAAGCAUUUAGUAUCUAGAUUUUUGAAGUUAAUUUUGCUCAAAUCGCUAACAUUUCCGAAUAUAUGUGGAGUAGAACGUCUUGCAAUGAGUAGGUUAAUAAAAUUAAUGAAUUUCAAAUUGUGUUUCCUUGGUUUGAUUGCGUUCAGCUACGCCCAAGCUUCUGUGGUGCAUAUCGAAGCAAAUCCGGAUGCCAAGAGACUGUACGAUGAUUUACUGAGCAAUUAUAACCGACUCAUACGCCCGGUUGUUAAUAAUACUGAAACAUUGACCGUUUGGUUGGGGCUCAAAUUAUCGCAACUAAUUGAAGUUAGCUUAAGGAACCAGGUCAUGACGACCAAUCUGUGGGUGAAACAAAAAUGGUUCGAUUACAAGUUAAAAUGGGACCCAGAAGAGUAUGGUGGAGUGGAAAUGUUGUAUGUGCCAUCCGAGCAAAUAUGGUUGCCUGAUAUUGUGCUAUACAACAAUUGGGAUGGCAAUUACGAAGUAACGCUAAUGACCAAAGCUACAUUAAAAUAUACUGGAGAAGUGUUCUGGGAGCCUCCAGCGAUUUAUAAGUCCUCUUGUGAGAUGAAUGUGGAGUAUUUUCCAUACGACGAACAAACAUGCUUGAUGAAAUUUGGUUCAUGGACGUACAAUGGUGCUCAAGUAGAACUUAGACAUUUGGACCAGAUUCCGGGAAGUAAUUUAGUGCAGAUCGGUAUUGAUUUAAGUGAAUUUUAUCUUUCGGUUGAAUGGGAUAUUCUCGAAGUACCAGCCAGUCGUAAUGAAGAAUAUUAUCCAUGUUGUCCCGAACCUUUUUCUGAUAUAACGUUUAAGCUCACCAUGAGACGGAAAACUUUAUUCUAUACGGUGAAUCUAAUUAUUCCAUGUGUUGGAAUAACUUUUCUGACAGUUUUGGUUUUUUACUUACCGAGUGAUUCUGGUGAAAAGGUGACACUUUGUAUUUCUAUACUUGUGUCUCUCACCGUGUUUUUCUUGUUGCUGGCAGAGAUUAUACCGCCGACAUCUUUGGCAGUACCGUUACUCGGAAAAUAUCUUCUAUUCACGAUGAUUUUGGUGUCACUGUCUGUUUGGACAACGGUUUGUGUUCUUAAUGUUUGGUACAGGAGUACUUCCACACAUAAAAUGUCACCGAUCGUCAAGCGCUUAUUUCUGGAGAUUAUGCCAAAAAUUCUAAUGAUGCGACGCGCUAAAUAUACACUUCCGGAUUACGAUGACUCUACUCCUAGCAAUGGUUAUACGAACGAAAUCGACAUGAGUCUUAGUGACUUUCCCGGCGAGUUCAAGGAAGGUGGUGACAGUUUCGACAGCAUUGGUAUCAAUCUUCCUCACGGUUCAGUUGAGCCCGAUAACGUCAUACCGAAGCAAUUAUCACCGGAGCUGUUAUCUGCAAUACAGGCUGUGAGAUUUAUUGCUCAACAUAUUAAGGAUGCUGAUAAGGACAACGAGAUCGUCGAAGACUGGAAGUUCGUAUCGAUGGUGCUAGAUAGAUUUUUCCUGUGGGUGUUCACAAUUUCCUGUAUCUUCGGAACGUUCGGUAUCAUCUUCCAGAGCCCUUCACUGUAUGACACUCGUGCCCCCGUUGAUCAACAGCUGAGUGAAAUCCCAUUGCGGAAGAAUAACUUUAUGCUACCUCCCGAUAUUGUGCGGAUAACUUUAGACUAAUCUACUAACAUUAUUGACUCAAUGAUAGAAGAGCAAUGUUGACGAAACAUAGUAAUCAUGUACCGUAUUACAGUGUUGUAAUGAGAAGCGAAAUUGUAGAUAGUUAAUGGGAAUAUUGCAAUAAGGUAUGUAACCAGUGUUAUGGCACAAUUCGUUAAUAAACCUUUUCAUAGACACUGUUAUCUUA